AAACACUUAAGGGUAUUUUUCUCUCCCAAAACACUUUCCACCAACAUGUCCUCGAAUUCCAAUUUAUCCAACAUGCGACGGCUGGUGGAGCAGCUGAAGCUUGAGGCGAGCGUGGAAAGAAUCAAGGUGUCCCAGGCGGCUGCAGAGCUCCAGCAGUACUGUCUGCAGAACGCGGGCAAAGACGCCCUGCUGGUCGGAGUCCCCACAGGCAGCAACCCCUUCAGGGAGCCACGUUCCUGUGCUGUAGUGUGACGGUCAGUUGGCUGCACGCCUCACAGCCUCUUUCAAGGAAGAAGAAAUGGACGCAACUGUGGCAUCUCGCCCACAUAAGAGAAGAAUUGUAUUUUUGAUUAUUUUUUUUAAAACAUUAAAGGGCUUUACACAAUCCUA